CCAGCCUCUACCACACCCCGCCCCCCGAAAGGGACCCGCGACGAGGGGUGGGGGCCCGAAGCCGAGAUCCUGGCUCUCUGGGGCGGCGGCGGUGCGUCUGAGCACAGCCUCCCGCGAUUGCUACCUGAGCUGCUGCCUGUCUGGGGCCCCGCCAGCCGAGGAGGAGGCGGAUCUCUGCUCCGGGCAGCCAGCCAUUUGGACACACACACACUCCCGGCUGCCGCCGCACGCAGCGAGUUGGCCGCGGCCCCUUUAAGGGAGCGGGGGGAGAGAAGGGCCGGCGGCGGCGGCAUUCGCCCUGGCAUUGCUGCUGGUGCCUUUGGAGGAGCGAGCGCGGGACGCGGCUGGAGCUGCAGCCGCGAUGAGCCGCGAUGGGGAGGCGAGGGCCAGCAGCGGCCAGACCCAGGAGCCGCCGCCGCGCCCAGCACUCCGCAGGUUCAGCUCUCAGUGGCGCAUGCAAGGCAUCCUCCGUGACUCCGUGGAGAGCUCCGAUGAUGAAUUCUUCGAUGCCCGAGAAGAGGUGGCGGAAGGGAAGAAUGCCAUUCUCCUGGACAUGAGUCAGUGGAACUCCAACGACUUGGUGGAGCAGAUCGAGACCAUUGGGAAGAUGGAAGAAAGUCAAGGUGAAGACCCCACGUUUUGCUCAUCCAGCGUUCUUCAGGAAAAGCAACGGGAACUGUACAGAGCUUCUCUGAGGAAGCACCGAUACCCAGCCCAAGGCAGCAUUGAGAUCCAUGAUGACAGCGAGGAAGGAAGCCAGCGGAGGAACUGCAAGACUCACGUCCUGAUCCUCGUUCUUCAUGGGGGCAACAUUUUAGAUACGGGAGGCAGGGAACCGAGCAGCAAGACUGCGGACAUCAACACCUUCACCUCGGUCUUUGAGAAGGUGACGCGCGCCCACUUCCCCGCCGCGCUCGGCCACAUGCUGAUCAAGCUCGUCCCGUGCCCGGCUGUUUGUUCGGAGGCCUUCUCCCUGGUGGCAAAACUGAAUCCCUACAGUUAUGACGACUCGUCUCUCAGCAACAGCGAGGACCAUAUCCCGCUGGCCGCCUUGCCCUUGCUGGCCAUCUCCUCCCCACAGUACCAGGAUGCGGUUGCCAUGGUGAUCAGCAGAGCCAACCAGGUUUACCAUGAAUUCCUUAAGUCUCCAGAUGGGACUGGCUUCCGUGGGCAGGUGUGCCUCAUUGGGGACUGCGUGGGCGGCAUCUUGGGAUUCGAUGCCAUCUGCUACAGCACAGGUCUGGCGGACGAAAGCCAAGCCAGCAGCCGAAGAGGCAGCGCCAGCAGCGUCCAGGAUAAUCCCCUUGUAGCCGAAGACUCCAAUCUGGGAGACCUCAAACGUCUCAGCAAAAGCAAUAUUGACAUCUCGGGGUUGACGGAGGAGGAGGAGGAGACGGAGACCCGGCAGCCGUUGCCGCGGAAACCAAGCGACUGCUCUAGCUAUGAGUGCGAUGCCAUCACACAGCAUCAUGCGUUUCUGUCCAGCAUCCACUCAACGAUGCUCAACAAGGACACCGACUUUCCAGCCGUGAGCUCCUCCAGCGCAUCCGAUGUUAACCUGGGGCGGUUUGACUUUGAAGUCUCCGAUUUUUUCCUCUUUGGCUCGCCGCUGGGUUUGGUGCUGGCAAUGAGGAGGACAGUGCUUCCGGGCCUGGAAGUUUCCCAGGUCCAACCAGCCUGCAGCCAAGUCUACAGUCUCUUCCACUCCGCUGACCCCUCGGCCUCCAGACUGGAGCCUCUCCUGGAGAACAAGUUCCACCUCUUGCCCCCCUUCACCGUGCCAAAGUACCAGCGAUACCCGCUGGGGGAUGGGCGGUCCCACCUCUUAGCCGAUGCUCUCCACUGCCACAGCGUUCUGUUGGCAGAAGACAGCUCAGCAGACUCGCCCUCUGUAGAAGAAACACUGUUGCCUCGGAAUGCAUCGGAAAGGAAAGCACGGAGGGCAAGCCUGAGCAGUACCAACAGCGAGAGCUCUGGGUCGACAGAGAGCUUGCUGGCCGCUAGCAUAACCAACAUUACCUCCAGAUGGUGGGGAACCAAGCGGAUCGAUUAUGCCCUUUACUGCCCAGAUGCUCUGACUGCCUUCCCCACGGUGGCUUUGCCACACCUCUUCCAUGCCAGCUACUGGGAAUCGACAGAUGUGGUUGCUUUCAUUCUAAGACAGGUGAUGAGGUUUGAGACUGUCAGUGUCAAGGAGCACAGCAGCCUGGAUCCGGCGACGCUCAGUCCGAACCCGCGGGAGAAGUGGCUGCGUAAGCGGACGCACGUCAAACUGAGGAAUGUAACUUCAAACCACAGAUCGAACGAUGUCAUUGCUGCAGAAGACAGCCCUCAGAUGCUGGUUGGCCGGUUUAUGUAUGGCCCCCUCGACAUGGUGGCUUUAACAGGGGAAAAGGUCGACAUCUUCAUCAUGACAGAGCCUUCUUCAGGGCGAUGGGUCUACUUCGACACGGAGAUCACCAACAGCACCGGCCGGGUCUCGUACAACAUUCCCAAAGAGAAGAGGCUUGCGGUUGGUGUUUACCCCAUCAAAAUGGUGGUCAGGGGCGACCAGAGCAGUACCGUCAGCUACCUGACCGUGCUUCCCCAAGGGAUGGAGUGUGUGGUCUUCAGCAUUGACGGAUCCUUCGCAGCCAGUGUCUCCAUCAUGGGCAGUGACCCCAAAGUCCGGGCUGGCGCUGUCGACGUCGUGAGACACUGGCAAGACCUUGGCUACCUGAUUAUCUACAUCACGGGGCGUCCUGACAUGCAGAAGCAGCGUGUAGUUUCCUGGCUUUCCCAGCAUAACUUCCCCCAGGGGAUGAUCUUUUUCUCCGAUGGGCUUGUCCACGACCCUCUGAGGCAGAAGACGAUCUUCCUCCGAAAUCUUGUGCAGGAGUGCCACAUCAGGAUCUGUGCCGCUUACGGCUCCAUGAAGGACAUCUCUGUGUACAACGUCCUGGGUCUCUCCCCUUCCCAGAUCUACAUUGUUGGACGUCCAGCAAAGAAAUACCAGGCGCAGUGCCAGUUCAUGAGCGAAGGCUACGCCUCCCACCUGGCCUCGCUGCAGUUCGGCCUCCAUUCCCGCCCCAAGAAGAACAGCACCCGCAUGAUCUUGAGGAAGGGCAGCUUCGGCCUCCAAUCCCAGCCGGACUUCUUGCGCAAACGCAACCAUCUCCGCAGAACUAUGUCCGUCCAGCAGCCCGACCCGCCGUCCUUGGCCCCCAAACCAGAACGUGCCCAGAGCCAGCCCGAAUAGGACAAAGACCACGACCGGCACCUGCCCCCCAUCGCGUGGGUGAGAGGUGGGGUUCACAAGUUCGAGUCAGCCCCGUAGCGGAUGCCGGGGUGGCUCAGGCACGUGUGGGCAUAACCUGCCUGGAGCUGUAUUUUGGGUCAGAGGUGAGGAGAGCCGGUGUUCCCGCGGCUCUGGAUUACUGCCUCCUGUGUCCCGAGGGGAGUUCCCCACUUGUUCCUCUCGUCCGUAUCGUUUCGAGUUGAGAGAACCUUGCAUGCCAGCUGCCCUCGCGAGAGGCUGCAGCAGGCAGUUGAGCUUGUCUGUGCAUGUUGACUUCCUUGCAAAAUGUGCAAUAAACGGGGAAGUGCCAGCUGGCCCCAGAGAGAGGGUGUCCGAGGGGCUGCCACGCCCAGCGGUACUUCAUUCUCUUCUGACUUGCCGACACGGAGGAAUAAGAAUUCAACAUCUCCUGAGGAAGCUUGCUUGGAGCUGCUUGGGAGAAAACAGAGAUACUGACUGUGCAGAGGAGGCCCUCCGGGGUGCUUGAGACCCAGGAUCCAUCCCAUUCCAGCAACUGUGCGUGAGCCUCCACGCCCCAAACCAGUCCCCCAUGUAUAGGUUUUGCAGGAGGCCCCGAGGCAGAGAAGCAACGAUAGAUAUGAAUCGGAAGCUCAGGAGGGCGGAGAAGUUGGUCCCUCUCUUGAAACCGCUCCCGAGGGAAAUAUCCUGGAGUGUCGGGAGUUCUGUGGGCUUGAGGGACGCCGAGCUGUUUUCUCGGAAUGAUGUGUGCUGUCACAUUUUUAAUUUUUUAAAAAAUAUUUUCCUAUUUUGCCGGAAAGAAGUGAUCCAUUUUGGAUGGACCGAAUCGCCCUGGGAGUCUGUGCGGGCGCCUGCCCUCUCCGCCCCCCCCUCAGCCCAGUUCCAAAGCACAUGUCAGCCUUGCUGUGCCCAGUGGCGUAUCCCGUGUGUCAGCGUUGCACACGCUGUUGUGUCUAGUGGAGUGCAGUUGGCCGUGCUCUUGUCUCUGAUGCUUCCGGGCGAGAGGUUCUCCCUGGUCAGUCUCAUCAGUGGGGAUGAAUGCUCAUUUUGAUUUCCAACCAUGCCUGCACCCCUAGAGAUGGAAAAGAGGCGGUCGCCUUACAAGACUUUCUGCUUUUGGUGUGUCUUUCUUGUCCUGACCGUCUGGCUGGCAGUAGCCAAAUUUUGCAGUGGUUUAAAAAUACACAAAAACGACUAUACAAUUUUAUCGUUUUUAUCAGAGGACUGGGAAUGAAAAUGGGCAAUAAUGUCCUUGGAGGAUGACUCCAUGGGGAGAGGACAAUCAUUUGUUCAUUGUGACCCUAACCGUGACCCUUUCCCCUGUGCAAAAAUGAUGGCGAUUUGACCCUAAUUGUUUGGGGAUCUGCAUAAAGAAGAGGGUUAAUAAUAGAGAGUUAAGUGCAAGAAUGCAAUCUCCAUUUUCCCAUCUCUAAGGGAUGCCAAAAAUCAUCAUCAUCAUCAUCAUCAUCAUCAUCAUCAUCAUCUUAUUUAUUCAAUUUCAAUUUCAUGAAGAGCAUUCGUGCCCUGACAUGGUAACGUGGCAAAAUCUGUGGGCCUGGCUCAUAGACUUGCUUGCUUGACCGAAGGAUUCUCUGGCAUGUCUUAAGCAAAGUAUUUUGUGGUGUGUCUUACUAAAAGAAUUCCCUCAGGUGUACCACCGGCCAGAAAAACUGGAGAUCUUCUUACUCACAGGCAUUCAGAGAUCGCCCCCAAUUUUUGCAAUCUGGGUGAAUGGAAAACUGAUUUGGCUCAUAGCUCCUGUUAAUGUAAGAGUAGCCGUCACGCACCAGAAUUAUGUGCGUCCCAGAAGACGGCCCAAGAGUGUUGUGUGCAAUGCCUCUACUUCCCCCCUUCCCUGUUGGGGCCCGAGUUCCAGAUCACCUUCCUUGGCGUCCAUUUGGUGCUUUUCUGCUGGAUAUCUUACUCAUGGAAGGCUAUCUUACUUGCCUUGAUGUUCCUUGGGAAUUCUGCUCCUGCAACCAAGACUGACGACUUUAUUAAAGGAUCUGGAGUGUUACCCACAAGUGCUAUGUUUCCAGAGAGAAAAGAGGAUUGCGGAACUAGUUUCACACUGUUGGGAAGUCCUGUAGAUCCGUGUCUGAGGUCCCUCCUGGAUUUCGAGAGCAUCACAUGGCAAAAUGACCCUUUGGUUUACAUUUUGGAUUGUUAACCUUAAUAAGAUCCAUGAGCCAGCUGGGGUGACCAGUACUUCCUGGAGGGACGAAUGGUCAUGGUGAUUUUUGACCCCUAGAGAUUAGAGAGAGAUGAUCCUAGUGCAAGCCUUCCAGCUUUCGGGGUGUCCUCGUGCUUUUAUUCUCCUGACCACUGGGCCUGCAGUGGCCAAAUUUGCAACGGCGUGUUUAACAUUUUUUUUCAAAAUACAAAUGCUUCUAUAAAAUCUUUGUUGGUUUGUCGUCUGAGGAAUGGAAAUGAAGGGGCAAUAACACAGAGAAUGCUGUCAGUGUGACAAUGCUACCACCUCUCUUUCCAUUUCUGGUGGUGGGUCCCCGUCAUAGGAGGGUUUGUCUUUGCGUUGAACAGUUAUUUUGGACUCCUCAUUGUGGGCAUAUUUGGGAGUCUUGGGUGUACGUUUCCUCUGACAACAGGAGAUGGCGCUAGAGUGUUUAUAUCUUACAACUUUAACUAUCUCUGUAAAGCGAUGGAUUUCUUAACAGAAGCGUCAAGUGGGGAGGAGGAGGGAGAGGGAAGAAGGUUUUUUUUUAACUACUGAUAUAAUAUUUCAAUGUUUGAGCUGGUUUUUAACUUCUUCUGAUCACACGAGUCAUGUCCAGUCGACACCUCUCUUGCCUUUCCGUGUAUACUCUUUUUGAAGGUUUUUUCCUCUUGCUGUGGGUGAAUUUUCCUGUUGUUAGGGACACGAGCCCCUGCCGAAAUGCUUUUGACGGUCAACUAACUUAUAAAAUAAAGUAAGAUACCUUCCCGCCCA